CUUUGAUAAGCAGAUCCUCGCGAACCCACUUCAUUCUGUCCCUUGAAGUCACAUGAUUCGGGUAAACUGUGAUGUUCGAUGGUGAAAUUACGAAAAAGAUAUGAGUAGGUCGCUGUAUUCCAACUCAGGCGCGCAAUAAAUUGCACUAGUUCCACCAUAGUAAUAAUCUUCUUUAUUUGAUGAAUAAUGUUGUCAGCGAGACUUCAUGUUCAUGGUGACGCAGAAAAUUUUCAACCAUACCAGCGAAACAGGCACGCAGGAAAAAUGUUAUUCCCAUUCAUUUCAACAAUUUUAGCAGCGACCUUUUCAUUGUCGAUGGCCAUUGGUAAGGAGUUGGACGGACCUGUGCCCAGCAACACGGAUUUCUUUGGAACCAUGGAACAAGAAGAAUUCAUGAUGGCCCUGCUUUUGAACCUCACUGACCCCGUGAGGUACAACAAGCACAUCCCGCCGCCGGGGGAAUCCGGGGUUUACGAUUUCCCGCUGGAAGUCAAACACAGCGCCUAUGUGUACUACGUUUCCAGCUUGUCUCCCAGCUCCUCGGAAUACAGCAUCCACAUGCUCCUCAGACAACAAUGGAAAGACCCCAGGUUGUCUUUCUUACAUUACCUGAAUUCCACGGAAUGGCAAGAUGUGUCAUCCGAAGAUGUGAUCAUCGAUGGAGAAGCCUGGUUUGCCGAAAAACUCUGGACCCCGCACAUCAUCUUCGUCAACGAACACGACUCAUCUGUUUUCGAUUUUUCAAAAGAAAACGUCUACGUGGCUAUCGAUGCAGACGGCAAUGUCUACUUCAACUGCAGAUUGCGAGUGCAGUUUUACUGCGAAAUCGACUUGACCUUGUUUCCCUUCGAUGAUCAAACAUGCCGAUUGAAGAUGGAAAGCUGGACACUGACAGAAAAGGAUCUUGUGCUCAAGUGGAUGACCCCGACGUCGAACCUCAACUCCGUCGAAGUGGCCGACGAGUUUUCCAUGUCGGAAUACGAUCUGUACAAAGUAGAAGCCAAGGAACACAUUUACAAUUACCCACAUUAUACCAUAGAGUCAAAUCCGAAAAAGAUAAUAAGCAAUGCCGAUGUCCGACUUCGUCCAUCCACGGUCAAGGGGAAUGUGAAGGCUUUCGUCGGGGUUCAAUCCGGGAAAGUAUUUUUCAAAGACGGAACGAGUACGAUGCUGACAUUCAUCACUCUCACCAGAAGCAUUGAAGCUUCUUUGCCGAAAGUGGCGUACAUCAAGUCAAUUGAAAUCUGGUUCUUUGGCUGCAUCACGUUCAUAUUCUUAUCACUGGUGGAGUUUGCUUUGGCCCACAGCAUUCAGUCCUCCGCGAAACCAGUUUACGUCGUGAAACGGGCGACUCCAGGUCACAUCAUCCGAAGGGCCAUUUCGACGUCCGCCAGCAGGAGAAAUUCGAUUACCGGGUCACUCAACUUGUGGCUUCAACCAAGAUCACCUGCAAAUGGCAUUAGGAAAACAGAAUCUGUACCGGACUUCAAUCACAUAAGUGCUGCAGCAUCCUUGGAAAAUUACCUCGAGGUUCAUCACGACAAUCAAGGACGUAGUCUCUCCACGCCCGAGAUCGUGAUGAACGGAGUCUCCUUCGAGAAUAAGGUCCAUCCGGUCUUUCCCGAGAAAUCGAACGUCGCAUUCGAGCCGUUGGAAGACGUUGAGUCCCGAAACCUGUCAACCCUGGCCAGAAGUCCUGACGACGACAAGACGAGACUGGACCUGGAGCAAACGCGUCAAGAACUCAAUAAAAUUACACGACGAAGCAAGCGUGGACGAUACCUGUCAAGAAUGAGCAAUUUGUUUCGCUCUUCGGCUCCGAAAAUCGUCGUCCGUGGCGAUGACGAGAAUGAUUCCGACGACAGCCCGAAACUCACUCCGAAGAAAGCUGCACGAGUUAUCGACAGAUACGCGAGGUGGAUCUUCCCACUGGCGUUCGGGAUUUUCAACUUGUUCUACUGGCUGAGCGUCGCAUUGUCCUAAGGGUUUCAAUGGAAUGACUCAUUUGCAAUGCAUUAUUGGCACAAGCUAGUCAAGAGAGGAUUAAAAAUCCUAUCGUUCCGUUUUCGAUGCUAUGAUAUUUCGGAAACAAUGCUCCAUAUGUUCAAAUCGAAUUAAUA